CGGUCUGGUCUUCCUGUGUGGUUGUAUUAUUCCUGUAAGCUGAAAGAAUCAAUUAAAGGUCAGAGAGUUUUUACAUCUGAUCCUUUCAACUGAAGCUAACCCCGACUUUCUAAGACUUUUCUAAAGGCACGCGUCCCUGAGGAUGGGGCAGGGGCUGCAGACCAGUUGUAGCCAUUGUACCCCAAACAGCCAAUCAGAGAGUGAGCGUGUGCCGGGUCUGCAGUAUAAAUGCUGGCAGAUUCUUGGAGAGGAACACUCCUGCCUGGACUUCCUGAUCACAUCAGCCAAACUGUAAGCUAAACCAUCACCAUGCAGUCUCCUGGAAAACCUCUGAAAGAAGCUCUGCUCUGUGCUCAGAGCGAGGAUCGACUCACUGUUGGAGUCUACGAGAGCGCUAAAAUUAUGACUGAUGACCCGGACAGUGUGUCUUUCUGUGUCCUGGCCAUGGAUGAGGAGUUUGAGUGUGACAUCGCUCUGCAGAUCCACUUCACCCUCAUCCAGUCCUUCUGCUUCGACAACGACAUCAGCAUCGUCAGAGUGAGCGACAUGCAGCGUCUGGCUGAGAUUGUUGGCGACAAGGCGGAGCAGCUUGAAGAUGCCCACUGCGUCCUCAUCACGAACCCAGCUGAUGGGUCUUGGGAGGACCCUGCUCUAGAGAAGCUGCACCUGUUCUGUGAGGAGAGCCGGCGUCUGAACGACUGGGUUCCUGAGAUCAACCUCCCCGAGCCUUGAUCUGGGACUCGGCUCCCCUCUUGCUCAGAUGCUGUAAAGCUUCUUAUCUGGAAAUACUCAUCCUGAUGAACAGGAUGACCCUGUUUCUGCUCAUCCCUGGAUACUCCUGAGGAGGAUUCCCGUCCAGGCAGCACGGCGCCGGCCCGAGGGGCCCCCGUGGAUCGUCGCCUCUUGUCCCGUCCAUGCCAAGAUGACUCUCAUUCUUUAUGUGAAUGAGGUCAGGUAUGCCACAAGAGCGACACAUCGACCCUCAUUCUUUGUGCGGAUGAGGUUUGGAGAGGAAGGAGAAGCGAGUUCUGCGUCCUGUGGUUCCACAGAGCAGAUAUCGCAUCUUGAAGCACGCGCGGCAGGCGAAGAAGCGGUGCUGAGAAAGAGGCAUUCUUAAAAAGGGACUUUUUAAAGAUGUCCUCUUUGCUGAGCAACACGACAACAGUUGCAAUCAGCGAAAAUGUUUCCCACUUUCCAGAA